GAUUGGGCGUGUUCCCGCCUGAGUGCUCUAACAGGAGUUCUGUGCUGACUGACAGCUGCAUCCUCCAACUGUCAGUAAGCAGCCUAGAGCCCUCACACUACAUACACAGCUACUGACAGGCAAUGCAGCUUCAGGAGGAAAUCAAGAGCUAACUGUAAGGGAGAGGAGUUGCACAAGGAGACUGCUCGCCGGCAGCAUGAAGAGUGCUCGUCUUUGUAUCGGUGCCCUGCUCUAUACUUUAAUCUCUGUCCUACCCUUGGCCUCAGGAGCUGUUCUCAAAAAACCAUAUGGUGUGUGUCCAUUGAUAGCUGCAGUCAGUGUGGACUGCUUGAGACCUUUAAAUGAAUGCCAAGGAGAUGGAGACUGUAGCUCAAUUGAGAAAUGCUGUUUUAAUGGUUGUAGAAUGGAAUGUACAAGGGUAGCAGCAGGAUUUCCAUUGGUUCCCACCUUUAAACCACCUAAACCUCCUGUUUGGCCACCUGAUGUUCCCGAAUGGCCUCAUGAACCUAAACCUAUACCGCCUAAUUUUCCUCCUCCUAAACCUCCGAUUAAACCUCUGAAACCUCCCAUUUAUUAUGAUCCUAUAAAUGAUCCUAUUCUUAAACCAUAUGUACCCCCUAUUCCUAUAAACAGGGAUGACUCAUCAGAACCAAAUCUUCCACCAAUCUUAAUUGAGCCUAAUGGGUUUGGUCCAGCUUUCCCAAAUGGCAUUGGACCUUAAUUCCAUUAAAACCAUUACUUAUCUCCUCUGUAACUGGAAAAGAAGAUGAGGAUUGUGUACAAAAAGAAGAAAGGAAGAUGACAGCGGGCAGUUGCUUGAAUACAUUUACAAAUAAAUAAAUCAAUGUGUUAAGAUUAUUGAAUUUACUAUACUUCAUAGAUUGACAAGUGAAAAAUACAUUGCCACAGUAAUAUCACAUUAAGAUACAGGACAGUUUGGAUAAACUGUAAAGUAUGUUUUAAUUAAUAAAAAAUAAAAGAAAGAUUAAUUUCAAAA